CGUGGCUUCGGGCUCCAUCCAGUUAACGGGACUGUCUUCUUAGUGUGUCUACUUACUUUCCUGUCUUCAUUCAGGACAAACUCAGAAACUUUCAGUUUAUUUGAAUUCAUCCGCCUUUAAACCAAGCACUCGGUCGGACACCGUACCGCUUGUUCGCCCAGGAUCUGACUCUAGACAUGGAGCUUUAGCCGUUAAGUUAGUUAAGAGACCAGAGAAGAUUAUGCAAAGCGACAAAUCGGAGCCGAUGGAGCCCAAGGGCGCCGAGGGUUCGAACCCGCCGAGCGACGGGGCUGAGGAAGAGCCCGUCCAGGCCAAGGGGAUCAGCGCCGUGGCGGUGCUGUGGACCUUCGGGAAAUGCCUGAGCGCCCUGCUGCCAGUCUACCUGGCCGGUUAUUACCGGGUGAGCACCAGCCUGCUGGUGUUCGGCAUGAUGGUCUACACGGGAUGGAAACACGUCCGAGAAGCGAAGGAGGAGCGCCUCCGGUCGGCCAUGCAGCUGCACGACGGGAACGAGUACGCGUCCAGCAGGCUCUCCAAAAUCAAGCGAGACCUUCCAGCGUGGGUAAACUUUCCCGACGUAGAAAAAGUGGAAUGGCUAAACAAGGUUCUGCAGCAGGUGUGGCCCUUCGUUGGCCAGUACUUGGAAAAGCUGUUGGUGGAAACUAUUGCUCCAUCCAUCAGAGCCUCCACCACUCACCUUCAGACCUUUAAUUUCACUAAGGUGGACAUGGGAGACAAGGCCAUGAAGGUUGUGGGAAUCAAGGCCCACACAGAAAACGAUAAAGGACAAGUCCUGUUAGAUCUCUACAUCAGUUAUGUUGGCAAUGUUGAGAUUAACGUUGAAGUGAAACGAUACUUCUGCAAGGCUGGAGUCAAAGGAAUACAGCUUCAUGGGAUGAUGCGUGUGAUUCUGGAGCCUCUGAUUGGCGAUGUGCCCAUUGUGGGCGCAGUCACUAUGUUUUUCAUCCGUCGUCCUAAACUAGACAUCAACUGGACUGGACUGACAAAUCUGUUUGACAUUCCGGGUGUGAAUGCCAAGUCCGACAGCAUGAUUAUGGAUGCCAUCGCUUCAUUCUUGGUGCUGCCUAACCGGCUGGUUGUCCCACUGGUUCCUGAUUUGCACUUGGCCCAGUUGCGCUGUCCUCUGCCCAGGGGUGUGGUUCGAAUUCACCUGUUAGAGGCUCAGAAUUUGCCAGCCAAUGACCACAACGUGAAGGGGGUGAUGGCCGGCCUGUCCGACCCCUAUGCCGUUUUGAGGGUGGGGCCUCAGACAUUUACAUCCAAACACAUUGACAAUACGGACUGUCCCAAGUGGGAAGAGAUGUAUGAGGUGAUAGUCCAUGAAGUGCCUGGUCAGGAGUUGGAGGUGGAGGUGUACGACAAAGACCGAGACCAAGACGAUUUUCUGGGAAGGACCAAACUGGAUUUGGGCAUUGUUAAAAACUCCAUUGCCGUGGACGAUUGGUUCACACUGAAGGAGUCUUCAUCUGGACGGAUUCACUUCAGACUCGAGUGGCUCUCAUUGCUUUCCACCACUGAUAAAUUAGAACAGGUCUUAAAGAGGAAUGAAACCGUCACUGGAAAAAAUUUGGAGCCACCUUCUUCUGCCGUUUUAGUCGUGUAUCUGGACAAGGCUAAGGCACUUCCUAUGAAGAAAGGAAAUAAAGAGCCAAAUCCCACCGUCCAAAUAUCUGUGCAGGACACCAAAAAAGACAGCAAGACUUGCUACACAACUGUUGAUCCCGAGUGGGAGGAAGCUUUUACCUUCUUCAUUCAGGAUCCCCACAAACAGGACAUAGACUUUCAGGUGAAGGAUGCUGACAGCAAGCAGCCUUUGGGCAGCCUCAGAAUCCCUCUGUCCCGCAUCCUGAAAGAGUCGGAUCUGUCUUUGGACCAGUGGUUUGAGUUGGAUAAUUCUGGACCAGCCAGUCGCAUCUAUGUCAAUACAGUUCUCAGGGUCUUAUGGUUGGAUGAGGAAAAUAUUAAGGCUGAAGUGUCAUCCACUGUGGCAGCUGGAAUGAAGAAAGCGCUGCCCCAGAAGUCCUCCCCCCAUCCCAGCUUUGCCACAGAGGGUCUUCUUAGGAUUCACUUGUUGGCAGGUCAAAAUCUUGUUCCCAAAGACAAUCGACUGGGCGGCAUAAUGAAAGGCAAGAGCGACCCCUACGUGAAGAUCAGCAUUGGGGGUGAAACCUUCACGAGCCAAACCAUAAACGAAAACCUUAAUCCCACCUGGAAUGAGAUGUAUGAAGUGAUUCUUACCCAGCUUCCAGGCCAGGAGCUGCAUGUGGAGGUGUUUGAUAAAGAUAUGGAUAUGAAGGAUGACUUCAUGGGCAGGUUGAAGAUCGAUUUGAAGGACAUCAUUGACGCCCAAUACGCAGAUCAGUGGUACCCCCUCAGUGAUGUGAAGUCUGGUCGGGUUCACCUCGUGCUCGAGUGGGUUCCCACAUCCUCAGAAGCAGACAGACUGGACCAGGCUCUCCAGUUCUACUCCAGACAGUCUUUCCAAAACAAGGCGGUGCCCUCAGCAGGUCUGCUCUUUGUCUAUAUUGAGCAGGCAUAUGGCUUACCAGUCAAAAAGAGUGGAAAAGAUCCAAAAGCAGGAGCGGAGUUGAUGCUUGGAAAAGUGUCUCGUAAAACCACAGUAUGCGAUCGGACAACAUCUCCUCAUUGGAACGAGGCUUUUAGCUUCCUGGUGCGUGACCCCAGAGAAGAUGUUCUGAUAGUUAAGCUCUCUCACAGCUGGACCCUGCCUAUUGGCUCUUUGGUGGUUCCGAUGGGAGAACUGCUAUCUGAACCAGACCUGGUUCUGGAUCGGUGGUUCCAUCUGGACGGAGCGUCACCUGAAAGUCAGAUCCAAUUGAGAAUCGAACUGAAAUUGCUGAUUCCUACUAAAUGUCCUGGUGCUGGAAAGCCGAAGGUCAAUGCAGCAGCUGAUCAUCCACCAGCCAAACCCAAGCAAGAGGAAGACACGGCUCUUAAGUCAGGUUCAGUGGACACUCCCGUGGAGACAAUAACCUCAUCCAUGACUUCUGAGGAAGUAAUUCAAGAAAAAGAAGCUGAAAAUGAUGAGAACGAAGACGAGGAUGAAGAAUUCCAGAGUCCUGCUGCAACAGAACCCCUUCAUACUUCACCACACCUGAGCUUUGCCACUGAGGGACUGCUGAGAAUCAUCCUGUUGGAGGCCCAGGAUCUGGUUGCUAAGGACAACAGGUUUGGGCGCAUGGUGAAAGGCAAGAGUGACCCCUAUGCUGUCAUCAAUGUUGGACAGUUCUUGUUCAAGAGUCAUGUGGUCGAGGAAAAUCUCAGUCCAGUCUGGAAUGAGAUGUAUGAGAUGGUGCUCAGGCCUCAGUCUGGACAGGAAGUGCAGGUGGAGCUGUUUGACAAAGACGUAGACAAAGAUGACUUCCUGGGCAGGUUCAAAAUCCCCAUAUCUGACAUAAUCCAAUCCCAGUACAAGGACCAGUGGUACACCCUCAGCAAUGUGAAUUCGGGUCGGGUUCGUCUGAUAACAGAGUGGGUUCCAACUGUGUCGCGAAGUGACGCCCUGGAUCAAGUGAUGCAGCUGCAGUCCCUGCAGUCGUACCGUAACAAAGCCGUUCAGUCUGCGGCGCUGCUCUUUGUUUUUAUGGACAGAGCACGCAUGCUUCCUUUUAAGAAAAGUGGAAAAGAGCCCAAAGCUGCAGCUGAACUUGUGAUGGGCAACACAGCUUACAAAACAAAGGUGUGUGAGCGCUCCAGGACCCCCCAGUGGAGUGAAGCUUUUUACUUCCUGGUUCACAACCCCAAAGAGGAAAUGCUCAUAGUGAAGCUGUCCAGUGCAUGGGACCAGCCAAUGGGAUCUCUGGUGGUUCCUGUGAGGGAACUGCUGUCGGAACCUCAGCUGGUUCUGGACAAGUGGAUGCACCUGGACGGAGCUUUACCGGAAAGUGAAAUUCUGCUCAGAGCUGAGCUCAAGGUCCUGGACACUCGAAUGACAGACGUUCCAAGACCAUCUUCAGCUGCUUCCAAGAGAGAAACUGACGUGGAAAAAGUUCCCAAAGUAGCAAAUGUGGAGAAAAAAAGUCCUGAACUGCCUGCAAACCAAUCUCCUGAGGUGUCAGAGCCUCAGAAAGAGCCUGAGGCUGCAGAUCCCGACCUCUCCACAGCAAAGCCGGAUCCCAGAGAACCAGCUGAUGUUCAAACCACAAAGGAUGUGUGUCCUUCUGCGAUGGAGGAACAAUCACAUGAUUUAAAAACACAUCAUGAACCAAAGACCCAAACAGAAUCCACUGCUGUAGAAGAUCUCGCUCAGUCUACAAUCUCGGGUCUUCCUACUGAUAAAAAGACAUCAGCAGUUCCUGAAAUCCCUAAAGUGGAUCCCGCUCUUCCAUCACACACAACACCACCCAGAGACUUUGGGAAGGAGGGGGUGCUGAGGAUCCAUCUGCUGGAGGCAAAGAAUCUGAUUGCAAAGGAUAGCGUUCUGGGAAAGGGCAAAAGUGACCCCUAUGUAAAAAUCAAUGUUGGGGGGGUUGUGUUUAAGAGUCAUGUUAUCAAAGAGAAUUUAAACCCAACAUGGAACGAAAUGUAUGAGGUGGUUCUGAGUGGGAACGUUGACCAGGACAUCAAGUUUGAAGCAUUCGAUAAGGAUUUGAACUCUGAUGACUUCCUGGGGAGAUUUAGUGUUCGGCUGAAUGAUGUCGUGAGCUCACAGUACACAGAUCAGUGGUUCACGCUGAAGGAUGUGAAGUCUGGACAAGUUCAUGUGAUUCUGGAGUGGGUCCCUACAGGGUCAAGUCCUGUCAGACUGGACCAGGUGAUGCAGCUGGAGACGCUCCAGUCCUACCAGAAUAAAGCGCUCCCGUCUGCAGCGCUACUCUUUGUUUACAUCCAGGCAGCAAAGUCACUGCCUCUAAAGAAAAGUGGGAAAGAGCCCAGGGCUGGAGCCGAGCUCCUUCUGGGAGAAACUUCCCUCAAAACCAAAGUGUGUGACCGCAGUGCCAAUCCUCAGUGGAACGAGUCUUUUCACUUUGUGCUUCGUGACCCAAAACGUCAGAUUCUCAUCGUGAAGCUGUCCAGCGGUUGGGACGAACCAAUGGGAUCUUUGGUGGUUCCUGUCAGGGAGCUGCUCUCAGAACCAGAGCUGGUUCUGGACCGCUGGUUCCAUCUGGAUGGAGCCUCAGCUGACAGUCAGAUCCUGCUGAGAGCUGAACUCAAGAUUCUGAACACUAAAAUGUUGGAUCUGAUCGGUACGGAGGCUCUUCCGUGUGCUGCGACCGGCGCCGGACAGUUGAAGAUGUCCGUUACGUACUCCUCCCAGGAGAAUAAACUGGUGGUCACCGUACACGGCUGCAGAGGUCUUUUGGCACAAAGUAAGGAUGGAGUCGACAGCUACGUCUCUCUCAUGCUGCUGCCAGAUAAAAGCAAAACCACCAAGAGAAAGACCGCCGUGAAGAAAAAAGACCUCAACCCCGAGUACAAUGAAAGGUUUGAGUUUGAUCUGCCGGAGCAGGAGGUUCGGUUCAGGCGCCUCAGUGCAUCAGUGAAAAACAACUCCUUCAGAGGCAAAGAUGUUAUUGGACAGGUUCAGGUUGAGUUGGCUCAGAUGGACCUAAAGUCUGGAGUCGCACAAUGGUUUCCUUUGAGUGAUGAAGCUGAGUAGGCUUCCUGCCUGCUGAUCUCGUCGCACAGCGCGACGAUCAUGUAAUCUUCCCUCUGCUGCUGCUCUUCACAAAUGCACCACCUUUGGCAGCUUAUCUGCAUCCACCCAGCUCACUGUUACUCACUGUUUACUGUAUGUGUGCAUAUCCACGUACCAAAAAGGAAAUGGGUAAAUAGUCAUGUUGGGAGUUAAACCGUUAUGUUAAAAGAGGAACUAAAGAAGAAAAAAAACGAAGGCACUAAAUGUUGUAAGAAUAAUUUACACUUGUUAAUGACGUUUUUUUUCACAUUUUUAUAUAUUUGUUUUUUUUAAUGUGUCAUUGGUAAAUAUUGAUGUCGUUUAAGUAUUUCAGCCCUAUUUUAUAAAACCUCUGAAGUUUGAACAAGAAUUCAUUUUUAAAGUGCCUUGUUUUCAAUCUUGUGUUUUUCACUUUAUAUUUGUUUCACAUGUCAGCAAAUCUCUGUAGUUGUGCCUUUGCAAAAUCUGACUGAAUACUGUUUGCUAAAAGCCAAAUAACAAUAAAAGGAUUUUGAAAGUCUCA